UUUUAUUAAUCAGCUGUUUUUGUUGGUGAAUAAUUGAUACAAAUUCCGAAAUUUUCUGCGAGUUAAACAAAAUUAAAAGAAAAAAAUAAAUAAAGAACAACGACCAUGAACUGGUACAAUGGAAAUAUAGCCGAAGCGGUGGCUCAAUCCAAAUCGAAGAAUGCAAUCUUCGUUGUCUAUGUCGAAGGCAAUGAUGAAAACACCGUUAAGCUAACAAAAUUCAUUGAUGAGCCCCAAAUAGCCGGGAAGCUAAGUUCAAAUGACUUUGUUGCCAUUAAAAUCAAGUCGGACAGUGAGGCGUAUAUGCAGUUUGCAAGCAUUUAUCAAGUAGUACCGGUGCCUUCUUUGUUUUUCAUUGGUAAAUCUGGAACUCCACUAGACAUAUGCACUGCAGUUGUGGCGAGUGUUGAGGAAUUGGACGGAAAAGUGGAAAAAGUUUUGUUGCUUGCGGGAAAAUCGACAUCAUCUUCCAAAGCGGGUUCCUCGAGUCAAGCUUUUAUAAAUCAAGAAUCCAAUGCCAGCACUAGUCAAACCAAGGCUGCUCUAGCAGAUGCUUCAACGGAGAAGGCAACCAUUGAACAAAAGAAAGCUGAGUCUAAAGAAGAAGAGAAAAACUGCAAUGAAGCAUCCGAAAUUGUAUGUGAAGGUGAUGUUUGUUAUAAAAAACCCAAAGAAAAUCCAGAGCCACAAGUAAAUGUCACUGCACCACAAGAGGAAACGAAGGCUUCGGCAGACACUGCAAAACCCACAGAUAAAACAAAUGAGGAUAAAUUGGCAGAGACUAGACAGAUAUUGGAGCAAAAAAGACGCGAACGUAUAGAAGAAGAGAAGCGUUUGGAAAAGGAGCGCGAGUUGGAGCGUCGUAAAUUAGGCAAGGAUAUGCAAAAUCUACGUGCCUGGCAAAAGGAUCAGGAACUUAAAGAACUAAAGGAUAGCAUUAAAAGGGACCGCCUCGAGGAACAAGCAGCUCGUGAAAGAAUUCUGGCCCAGAUAGCUGCUGAUAAGGCCGAAAGAGCUUUGAAGUUCGGCAGUGGUAUGGACAACAGUAAUCAAGCCUCUACAUCACAGGCAGCCGCUGCUGCUUGCAGCUCAAAUUUGCAACAAGCAGCAGCCACCGAUGAAACUCGUUUGCAGUUUCGAUUUGCCAGUGGCGAUUGCAAAACAAAAAAUUUUAAAUGUUCCACCACCUUGUCGGAGAUACGUGAUUAUGUAAAAACCGAACUUUUGGCUGGCACUGGCAUAAAAGAAUUCACCUUGGCCACAACAUAUCCUAAGAGAGAAUUCACCACAGAACAUUAUACCAAGACCCUUAUUGAUCUCGAACUGAUACCAAGUGCAGUUAUUUUGAUAAUUGGCAAAGAAGCCACUGGUCCCAGUGCCAUGAUAGCGCGUCAAGGCGGCAUAUUCAAUAUACUAUCCAUGGUGGUAAUGUCCAUACUAAAUCCAAUUUUUUCAAUAUUUUCAACUGCAAAGAAUUGGAUAACUGGAAAUACGGGAAAUAAGGGUGGAGCUAAUGGUGCCCAAACUGGAGCCCAAAAGAGGGCAAAUGAAGAGCGCGGUGUGCAGGACGAUGUCGCAAAACGUCGCAACAUGGAUCGUUUUAUAGGCGGAGGAAAUACUGUCUCUGAUAAUAGUAGUAAUGCAGACAACCCUUCACCAGGUACUUCAAUGGGAUCAACACAAGCCUAUCGUCGUUAUGUCUCUGGUUCCAAUGUACAUCGUCUGGCUGAUAAUCGCAAGGACUCCGACGAUGAGAAUGCCACAUGGAAUGGUAACUCUACCCAACAACAAUAAUUCCAAUUUCUUUUGUAAUACCCAGUGUUUUUGAGUUUGAAAAUACUUUUUUUUAAAUGUUAGCCCUUCCUCUUUUGGUUAUUUAGUCCUUUAAUCGUUAUGGAAAACCAUCUUAAUGAAUUGUCAAAAACUUUUAUGUAUGAGAUCCUUUGAAUAUCUUUUUUCUGUUUUUUGUAAGUGCAGGGACAAUAAAUCAAAACAAAAUGUGUCACCUGAGAUUGGUCCUUGUAUUGCUUUUAGAUUGCAUGUGUAAAUGUGUUGAGGGUUUAAAUACUAUAUAAAAAAAAAAACAAAACAUUUUUAGUUUGUAAUUAUUUACAAAAUACAUAUUAAUCGAUACAAUGAAUGAAUAAAUCCUAUUAUAAAAAUUA